CUGACAAGUUCCUUGAAAAUAGAAAGACAAUACCUCAAAAUAAUAGUAGUAGGAACCAUCUAACUGAAAUAAUUGAAAUAUCAAGUGAUGAAGACCCUGAAAUAAUUGAAAUAUCAAGUGAUGAAGCACCUGAAAUAACAAGCAACGAAAAACUGAUAUUUGAAAAAAAUUAA